AUCCGUGCGCCAGUGAUGAACGUUGAUAUAGCACCAACUAUUUUGGAUAUAGCUUCUGUGACAGUACCUGAACAUAUGGAUGGCCGUUCGUUACUUCCACUUAUUCGGCUGCAAGGUAAUGGAAAUUUAAAUCCGAGGAGCUACAGUGUCAGCGAAAAACCGAUCCGUGCGCCAGUGAUGAACGUUGAUAUAGCACCGACUAUUUUGGAUAUAGCUUCUGUGACAGUACCUGAACAUAUGGAUGGCCGGUCGUUACUUCCAAUUAUUCGACUGCAAGGUAAUGGAAAUUUAAAUCCGAGGAGCUACAGUGUCACCGAAAAACCGAAAAUGGCGAAAUUAACUCGAAUUCGCGAUCGUUUGAUGAAGCAGCGGAACAGGCUGGGUAAGGAGGCACGUGUGCAGAAGGCUUGUGUUCGUCCGGAGUUCAGGGAACCGUGCAGUGAAGGGCAGCAGUGGAAGUGUGUCCGUGAUGAUUCCGGAAAAUGGCGAAUUUACAAAUGCCAUGUUUAUCUGAACGCGAUCAAAGAAUGUGACUGCUCGGCGAGCUCAAGGCGACGGUACCGUCGCUCGAGAAGACGUAAUAAUUUGAUGAAUCAAUAUGAUUUACAUUGCAUGAAUGCGAAAUAUGUUCAGAAACGCUUCCCUUCAGAAAAUAUCCAUUAG